CGGAAGCGGCUCUGUACCAAGACAGGACCGUGCGGUGUUCAUUGCCACAGAAAGCAGGUGAACUCUUGGUUUCCGAAGAUGACCUUCCACGCGUGGAGCCGAGUGGCGCUUCUCCUACUGGUUGUGGCAGGAACUGCAGUCCUGGAGUCGUUUGCCGCUCUUGAGAAAAGGGACCUGUCCAUCGCAGAGAAGGUUGACUCCUUUGUCGAACGACUGGAAGAAUUGAUCGAUGGUCAGGUUGGUCGAGAUAAUGACGAGAUGGAAAAGAAUGGCGAGCUGACCGAAGAAUUUGGUGGCGAAUCCUGGCUUCCCCAAACACGACAAGCUGGUUGCUCUAGUGGCUACCAGAUGCAUAACGGCAUCUGCUAUAAGGCCUUUAGCACCCCCAAGAGCUUUCGUGACGCGUCUUCAACGUGUGCAGCUGACGGUGGGACACUCGCUAUGCCAAAGGACGCUAGUACUAACGCCUUCCUGCUCACCCUGAAAAAUGCCGUGCAUCGGCCUGGCUGGUUCUGGUUCGGCCUAGUGGAUCAUCAUCGGGAGGGAGGAUGGGAGUGGAUAGACGGCACGCCCCUCGGGAGCUACAGGUCAUGGGGCCCGGGAGAACCGAACAACGCUGGCGAUGAGGACUGCGCCGAGUUCUUCCCAACUUCAUGGAACGAUGCUCCGUGCUCUCGGACUGACAGGAAAUUUAUCUGUCAGAUGAUACCUGCAGGUUGCCCAGCCGGGUAUGUUUACCAUCAACCUAGUCAUCUGUGCUACAAGGCCUUCAACGACAAGAAAACCUACAGCGCCGCAGCUGCGACCUGUUCUGCAGCCGGGGGAACCCUUGCCAUGCCCCGCGACACCACCACCAACAAGUUCCUCAUCUACCUUAAGAAUGCCGUCGACAACACCGCUUGGUUCCGCUUCGGGCUGACUGAUCACCGUCAGGAGGGAGGCUGGAUGUGGCAGGAUAACGUUGCACUGGGAAGGUUCAGGGCAUGGGGUCCAGGAGAACCCAACAACUCAGGUAACGAGGACUGUGCCGAGUACUUCCCUGGGAGUCACCCGACCAAAAAGAACACCUGGAAUGACGGACCAUGUACUAACGCCGAAAGGAAGUUCAUCUGUCAAGUCAUACCAACAGGCUGUCCCUCGGGCUUCAGUCAGCAUGGACCCAACUGCUACAAGGCGUAUAACGAGAAGAAGUCGUACGAUGCUGCUGCCGCGGCAUGUCGGGUUGCGGGCGGGAGUCUGGCCAUGCCACGCGACCAGGCCACCCACCAGUUCCUGAUCACCCUGAAGAAUCAGGUCGACAAGGCUGCAUGGUUCUGGCUGGGCUUUGACGACCGGAGCCAGGAAGGAGGAUGGCGGUAUGCCGACGGGACCCGCCUGGGAAGCUUCCAGCCCUGGAAACCCGGGGAACCAAACCAGGCCGGAGGGAACGAAGACUGUGGUAUGAUCUGGUCAGACCCACUUAACAAGUGGAACGACCAAGGGUGUGAUACUCAACAGAACUUCAUCUGCCAAACAUCUCUCCAACUAACUGACUCUUGUGGAGGAAAUCUUCCUGGUUCUUCCGGUGUAUUCAUCUCUCCCGGCUACCCACAAACUUACAGCGACAACCAGAAAUGCAGGUGGUUCAUCAGUGCCCCACCAGGACAAGUCGUGCGCCUCAGCUUUCUGGACUUUGACCUGGAGAACAACUUUGACCACGUCACCGUUCUAGAUGGAUGCAACAACAAGCAGCUGGGAAAGUUCACCGGCACAACCCGUCCUGGUGCGGUCACCAGCUCGGGCAGGACCAUGGAGGUUGUCUUCACCACGGAUCACUCUAAGAAAGAGCGUGGGUUCAAGGCUCGGUAUUACGCUGUGGCAGGUUCCGGAAAGAGGGAGGUGUCUGACCCACAGGAGCGGGAGCUAGGGGAAGCUAACGGGGAGGAAAUGUUGGAGGAGGUCCUGGGGAUGCUGGAGAAUGACAUCAGUGCCAAGGAAGAGGACUUGGAGUAUGGCCUGGAAGAGUAACAUCUAUACACGGCCGUCUGCUGUUCCAGCUUAACCAGUGGUGAAUAUGCAGCAUCAAGUGACUAUAUCCUUAUAACCAGCAGAUAUUGAGAGGAGAGGUGUGAUAAGUUUUCCUGUAUGUUAGACAGGCUUGGGGCGGUCAGAAAACGUUACACUUUUCCUCCCAAUAUCUGCUGUAGUAUUCAUGAUUACAAAGCUUUUAGGAAGAAUAACCUAUGGUGAAUAGAUUGUGAAAGCCUGUUUAACCCUCUCGGCACUGGCUAACUUCUUUCAGGUAUUCCAGUAUACUGGUUUUAAAUUCAAGGCUUAAUGAUGUUAACAAGUACAUGUCAUUUUAUUUCUUGCAGCUCUCAUCAUUCACCAAAUUGUCACUAUUUUUGUUCAAUUCACUAAUAAAUGGGAGAAAACUGCAGUCAGAAACUCACUCCUAAGUCCUAGAAACAGGACACAAAUGCAAUCUUGAAGCUUUCUGGUUGGUAGAUUCUGUAAAUGGUUCUAUUUGACACUGUUUAGUUUGCCUUUCCCACCGAAAUUCUAGCUGAGAGGGUUAAAUGUAGUGUAGCUUUUCAGUGCUAAUGUUUUCAAGACAAAUAUAACAUACUAUAAGUGUUGUUGCUAAUUUAAAAGCCGAAUACUUACUAGAAUUUCAGUGCUUAUAUAAGAUUAAAUAAAAUUCCUAGAGCUUGUUGUAGAAUAUGGCUACUUAAUAAGCUCUAGUUAAUAUAGACAAAUAUGUUAACUGUAGAGCCUUGUAGAGCCAUGCACGCCUUAGAACUGUACAGCUUCAUUGCUUAGGUUGGAAAAUGUAAUUCCCACAGCUGGAUUCUUGUUUGCAAUGAUCAGUGCUUUUAUAGAAAAAUAUAACACAUAUAGAGCUUUAUUGUUAAAAGUACGUGCCAUGAUAAAAUUAACAUAUGGAAACGUUAACUAGUUUGCAUGUCAUCUAAAACACAGUAACCAAAACGCAGCACUUUGGAUUUUUGCAGGGACUUACGUUGUGUGUUUAGAUUUUAGGGCUGGAAUAUAUAGAUUCAAGGCAGUUUAAGUAAGUUUAACCUUGCUUUCAAGUAAGCAUUAUACCUGCAGUGUACUCUGGAAAUAAUUCUGCAACAGGGCAUUAGGGAAGAAACAGAGGUGUAAUUAUCAACUCUAUAGUUUAAUAAGGCCAUGUUGAUUUGAUUAUUGGAUGACACCCUCUGGCAACCCCAAAACUGAUGCGAGUGUGCGAAUAAAAAAAAGUUUGUCCCAAAAACGUUACCUUCAUCAUGAAACCUAAGUGGUCAGAAAGGUUGAACAAUUGACUAAAUACAGAGUGUGAUAUACCAAAUUAUAGAUUCAUCAUUUUUCUUCUGCCACAUCUUUUGACCUUGGAAUCAACUUUGCCAUUCAAGAAGAUUAGUAUCCGUCUUCCAAUAUCUUUUUUCAAUCUACUGCAUGCAUUAAUUUUCUCAUUUUGGAGCUGCUCUGUACAAUUCAGGCAGUAUGGUGGAAAACCUGCUCUGUACGAUUUACAGUAUGGUGAAAAGCUUUUGUUUCUGGAAACGCAGAAAAUUGAUGUGUACACGGAUGUAUUUCAUAUAAUCAAGCCAACUUUGGCCUGACAGUGAAUGCUUUAAAGAUCCGUACGGCUAUGUCAAGAUCAUGAAAAACAUUGAAGGCAAACAAAAAGAUCAAGAUUGAACCAGUCAUUUCCAAUGGAAAUGCCCCUUCUGCGCCAGGAAGUCUGAAAACAUGAUAUUACAGAGAAGAAAUGCCUGUCAACAUUAUCAGACACAUUUGAAUACUAUUUUGUGGAAUUGAAGAAUCCAACCUUUCCAUCCAGAAUAGGAAAUCAUUACAGUUCAGAGAUCACCAGAAACUGUAAUUGCCUUGGCUUACUAAUGAUUCUCGUGAAAAGUUAUCACUGUUUAUAUGCAUUAUCUAUAUUCCUUCUGACACUUACAUGUCAUUUCCACAUGGUUGCAGCAAGGAGGUUAACCUCCUUGGUUGCAGAAACCAACAGUAAAUACAUGCUGAUUAAGAAGGAAGACAUUGUCAAGUAAAAUUGAACCUUCCUUGGCGUUUGGAAUGCAGAUAUAUGAAAAACAACGUUAGCUCACUAAUGUAAGCCGAUUAACACCAUUCUUGUGUAACAUUCAUGACAAGUAAUAAAGCCACAGCUUCACUGAAAAUGUAUGUUUUUGUCCUCAUUACUUUCAAAGUGGAAAUAAUUUAAGUUGCUUAGUAAUAUGCAAACUAAUAUUUCUCUCAUAUGUUAUAUGGAAACACUCAGAGAGCAAAGGUUAAAUAAAUGCUCUAACUUCCAACAAAAGGAUAUUAUUUGUAUGCCCCCCCCCCCAAAAAAAAAACAUGCCGCGGACAUUGAAGCGUGCUGCCAAGGGUAUUUCACAAUCCACAAAUACCUGGUAUGAAAAAAUAACACACAAUAUGAUGCAUAAUGGCACAUGACAGGUAAAUACAGAGAAGCUGUCCUUAAGAUACCUUUACCUGAGUUUACCUUUACUUCAAACUAGAAAAGAACACCUUACUCCCUGAGGAACUUAUUUGUUAUGGCUUGAAGAAAUCAACCCCACACCCCUUUUUCAGCUAUGUAAACCUCUGCCCAGAGUGUAUCAAUCUGCUUGCUCAACUGUCUCCUUCCUUAAAAUCAGUCCAGAAUUCUAGCUAAAGCCCCGGUCACACACAUACACAUGUAGUACAGUGUACCUAUGAUUAUACCUUUCCCGUGCAUUGCAGGUAAAUCUUAAGUAAAAUCAGCCAUCACAGAGCGUAAGACGAUGUUUAAAAUAUUUCCUGCGUUGUAUGAUUUUUCACUUAUACCUGAACACAUUUUUGCUUGGAACACAUUGGCUGGAACCUCAGGUGAUACGGAAAGUAACGGCGUGCACCGUGUUAUAUUCUAUUGUACUUGUGAAUACUUUCGCUAAUUCAGACCAUUGGAUAUCUAAUCUAAAAAGAACAGACAAGAAUACAGGUAGUUAUUGCAAUUGCAAUCUUAAUAUGAGAAUACAUAUCAAAAUACACAUGUGAGGAAUAUAAAAGUCAUGUUAGUUCUAAAAUACAAAUACCGAUACAAGAGACUAGCUAUCAUUUGGCACUUUUGACUACAUUACAAGGCAGUUGAGAACGUGCAUUUUCUGCACAGACUUGGCAUCCAAGGAAUUUAUCAUAUCAUACAUGAUUUGUUAGAGCAAAAGCACUGUUAUGCUUGUUACGUAUUU